AUGGGUAAAGACAGCAAGAUGUCGACCGAGCCGCCAAAGCACCAGAUGGUGUACUUUCCUGGUUUGACCAGUGAGGUGCGAGCCUUUGGGCAGUUCAGGAAGGUCAUCCAUACUGGGAUGUACAGCCAACUUGUGUCGAUGGAGAUUCCCGUGGGAGGAGAUAUUGGUGACGAGGUGCAUACCGUUGAUCAGGUUUUGAUCUUCACAUCAGGUGAGGGUAAGGCUACUAUUGCUGGCAAAGAUCAGAACGUGAAAGCAACAGACGUCGUCGUUGUUCCAGCAGGCACACAACAUCAAUUCAUCAACACAUCCAAGACGCAGCCUUUGGAACUAGUGACGGUCUAUAGCCCAGCUGAGCACGAUCCACAGACUGUGCACAAGACGAAGGAGGAAGGUGACGAGGAGGAAGAGAGUGGCAAGGACGAGGCACCCGGAUGGAGUCAGCAACCCAAGGAGCAGAAUGAGAAGCAAGGUCUUGUGAAGGAGAGUGGAGGCCCAUACGAGAAUGGCGACGAUGGCAGGCACGAGAAGUCAUAA